GUCCGAUACCCAAUCUUGCCAACUAUUAAGUUGUUGACAAUAUUUACAUGGUGAACAUGGUAUAAACAUUUGUCAAAAUAAACAAUUCAUUUGUAUUUUUGGAAUUUUUUGAAAAAAUUUAAUUUAAAUACAAACAAAAUGUUCUAUCACAUAUCAUUGGAACAAGAAGUCUUGUUACAUCCAAGAUAUUUUGGACCUCAACUGCUUGAAAUAGUUAAACAAAAACUUUAUACAGAAGUUGAAGGAACAUGUACUGGAAAGUAUGGCUUUGUUAUAGCAGUAACACUUAUAGAUAAUAUCGGUGCUGGUAUAAUACAACCAGGAGAAGGUUUUGUUGUUUAUCCUGUUAAAUAUAAAGCUAUUGUAUUUAGACCAUUUAAAGGUGAAGUUUUGGAUGCAAUUGUAACACAAGUAAACAAGGUUGGAAUGUUUGCAGAAAUAGGACCAUUAUCUUGUUUUAUAUCUCAUCAUUCAAUACCAGAAGAAAUGCAAUUUUGUCCCAAUGUUAAUCCACCAUGUUACAAAUCAAAAGAAGAGGACGUGAUCAUUCAAGCUGAUGAUGAAAUAAGAUUAAAAAUAGUUGGAACAAGAGUUGAUGCUACUGGUAUUUUUGCAAUAGGAACAUUGAUGGAUGAUUAUUUAGGUCUUGUAUGCAAUUGAAUUGUUUACAUAUUUUUAUAAUAGACUAUCCUCCUCCAAGUUUUUUUUAAAUAGAAAUACAAAUGUAUAUUGUAAU